AGCUCUCUUAAGUGUUAGAGACAAUUAAUUCCACACUUGUCAGAGUAAGGGUGAAAAUGGUGAAGCUCGCGUUGGGAAGCUUGGGUGACUCCUUCAGCGCCGCCUCCGUCAAGGCCUACGUGGCGGAGUUCAUCGCCACCCUCCUCUUCGUCUUCGCCGGCGUCGGAUCGGCCAUUGCCUAUGGGCAAUUGACUAAUGGCGGCGCGCUCGACCCGGCCGGCCUUGUGGCGAUCGCCAUCGCCCAUGCACUCGCGCUCUUCGUUGGCGUGUCCGUCGCCGCCAACAUCUCCGGUGGCCACCUUAACCCGGCCGUGACGUUCGGCCUCGCCGUCGGCGGGCACAUCACCAUCCUCACCGGGCUCUUCUACUGGGUCGCCCAGCUGCUCGGCGCCUCCGUCGCCUGCCUUCUCCUCAAGUUCGUCACCCACGGCAAGGCCAUCCCGACGCACGGCGUCGCCGGCAUCAGCGAGCUGGAGGGCGUCGUGAUGGAGGUCGUCAUCACGUUCGCGCUGGUGUACACGGUGUACGCCACGGCGGCGGACCCCAAGAAGGGCUCGCUCGGCACCAUCGCGCCCAUCGCCAUCGGCUUCAUCGUCGGCGCCAACAUCCUCGCCGCCGGGCCCUUCAGCGGCGGCUCCAUGAACCCGGCGCGCUCCUUCGGCCCGGCCGUCGCCGCCGGCAACUUCGCGGGCAACUGGGUCUACUGGGUCGGCCCACUGGUCGGCGGCGGCCUCGCCGGGCUCGUGUACGGCGACGUGUUCAUUGGCUCCUACCAGCCGGUCGCCGACCAGGACUACGCUUAACGUGGAUGGAUCGAAGUAUCCGUGUCAGUUUGCAUGCAUCGUUUGCUUUGAUAUUCGUCGUGUGUGAAAAUUCACGGGUUCUGUAUGUUCCCGUUUACCUUUUCUUAAUUAAACACGGUACGUGUAGAAGGUCUCUUUCUGCGAUUUUGUUGUCGGAAGGAAAAAAAUCAAAGUUUAAAAUUUCAUAUAAACGAUUGGUACGAUCAAUUUGCAUUCGAUUUGGUAAUUUGUACCUGGAUAGUUGGAAG